AUGACUCAUUUUGUCUUUAAAAACAAAAAAACUCAGACAAAAGAAUGUCGAUGUAACGCGAGAGAAGCCUCGCGAGUGUACGCGGAACGUUUCCCGAAUCGGGCUCACCCGCAUCCGCAGUUAUUCACGCGUUUGCAUCAACGCCUUAGAACACAGAAUCGAUUGACACCAGAAGGAUCUGAGGGAAGGCCGCAUGAAGUGACAAAUAUUGCCGCUGAAGAAGAUAUUUUAGAACAAGUGGAGGACGAUCCGACAACGAGCUGUCGAGCACUUGAAAAAGCAAUCGGCGUCUCGAAAUCGACAAUAAAUCGGAUAAUCCGUUCUAAUCUUUUCCAUCCGUAUCAUUAUACACCGGUCCAUAAGCUUCAUCCAGGGGAUGCAGAAUUGCGUACACAGUUCUGUCGAGAGUUUCUGGCCUUGGUGUAUCAGCAUGAAAAUUUCUUGAUCAAUAUCUUGUGGACAGACGAAAGCCUGUUCACAAGAGAAGGUCUUUUUAACCAGCAUAAUUUGCAUUAUUAUGCUGACGAAAAUCCCUUCGUAACAAGGGUAAGAAAUUUUCAGCAUCGCUGGAAAGUGAACGUAUGGGGAGGAAUUGUCGGAAAUCAGAUUCUUAUUUAUCAGCUUCCGGAUGUCCUUAGGGGUGAACAAUACGCUACAUUCCUCGAGGAGGCGCUUCCAGAUUUGUUGGACGACGUCCCUCUUGCAGCUCGACCUCGUUGGUUCCAGCAAGAUGGAGCACCACCGCAUAAUAUUCGGCGUGUAAGAGAGUAUCUUAACGCUCAGUUUCCUGGACGUUGGUUUGGUGCUGGCGGUCCGCUCCGCUGGCCUCCACGUUCUCCUGAUCUUUCACCCUUAGACUUCUUCCUUUGGGGUUACCUAAAAGAAAAAGUUUAUGCGAAGCAGCCAGAAAACGUGGAGGAAGUGGUUGCUCGAUUGCAUGCUGCAGUAGCAACGGUGGAUGCCGAAAUGCUUCUUCAUGUAAGGAACGAAGCCGUCCGGAGAGCUCAUGCUUGCCUAGAAGCCAACGGGGAACAAUUUGAGCACACCCCCUAA